AACACCGAAUUAAAAAAAACAUUAGAAGAAACAGAAAAAACAGGGAGGAGAUUGCAGUAUCAAUGCAAAUACUGAAAGAGAGAGAGAGAGAGAGACCACAAAAAGGAGAAUUAAGCAGCCUUUGAUUUUGAUUGUUAUUUUGACUGUCGAGUGCAACAUUUCCUCUCCCUUCUCUUAUCUCCUUUCCAGUUCUGGGUUCUCUUUGCUUUUGUCUUUUUCUCUAUUGUUUUUCAACGGAAGAUAUAUACCCAGAAAGAUUACCGAAGAGGAAGAAGAAGAAGAAGGUUUGGAGGUUUGAAAUGGAGUACGUCACAAGAAUUGGGUUCCAUGACCUCAAUUUGGCUUCUAGAAAAGCUGAAGAAGCAGCUUUGAGAAGAUACGUGGCUGUUGCUUGGUUAGAAACCUUAGUUGGUCCACUGGGAAUAUCAAGUCAGCCAUCAGAGAAAGAGUUCAUUUCUUGCUUGAGAAACGGUUUGAUUCUUUGCAAUGUCAUUAACAAGAUCCAACCAGGUGCAGUACCCAAGGUUGUGGAGAGUCACUCACAUGCACAAUCACUCACCCGGGAGUUCCAGCCACCACCAGCCUAUCAAUACUUUGAAAAUGUAAGGAAUUUUCUUGUCGCCAUUGAAGAGCUAAAACUUCCAGCCUUUGAAGCUUGUGAUCUCGAAAGGGAUAAUUUGGAGGCAGGGUCAGCAGCUAAGGUUGUUGACUGCAUAUUAGCCCUGAAGUCAUACCAUGAACAUAAGCAGAUUAAUUGUGGGAAUGGGAAUGGAUAUUAUAAGCUUACAAGGUCCCCCAUGGUUAUGCAUUCUGCCACUAAAAUCCACUCUCGGUCCUCGUCGGAAUCUUGUAGGCGCUUGGACAUGUCUCCUAUUUGUGAUGAGCAGCCAACUUCCAAUGGAGAAAUCCAAAAGCUCGAAGGCACAAUUGUCAAGGUUCUUGCAGACUACAUGGCUGACACAAAGGAAAAUGUUGAUGGCAACCUUUUGGGUUCUUUCCAUAAGAGAAAUCCGGAUUCAGUCAAAUUAUUGAAAAAGAUGAUUUCAAGUUGUUUGGACGAGCAACUCCAGGAUAAAUUCCCUGAGCUGAAAUCAGCUCUCCACUCCACACCUGUGGCUCUAGAGGAUGUAUCUUCAUUUGGACAUUUUCAGGGUUCCAGAGCUGGCAUGAAAAAGGCUAAUCGCAAUCGCAGGAAUUUAUUAAAAAUGCAGGAAAAAGAGCUUUUGGACCUCAAGGCCUUGUUGUCAACAACAAAGAGAGAGUUUGAACACUUACAAUUGCAAUUGCAAGUAGAUUUGAAAGAUCUAGGAAGUCAAGUAGAAGAGAUGUCCACAGCUGCCCUUCAGUAUUACAAGGUGGUGGAAGAGAACAGGAAGUUGUAUAAUAUGGUUCAGGAUUUAAAAGGAAAUAUUCGAGUUUUCUGCAGAAUUAGACCUGCUUUCUGUGCUGGCGCACAAAAUGCGAUAGAUUUUAUUGGAGAGGAUGGUUCACUUGUGAUUUUGGACCCAUUGAAACCCCAAAAGGAUGGAAGAAAACUCUUUCAGUUUAAUCGUGUGUUUGGUCCAAGUGCAACUCAAGAUGAUGUGUUUAAGGACACUCAACCUUUGAUUCGAUCUGUUAUGGAUGGGUAUAAUGUUUGCAUCUUUGCAUAUGGCCAAACUGGAUCAGGCAAAACGUAUACUAUGAGUGGUCCAUCUGGUGGAUCAACUGAGGAUUUGGGGAUUAAUUAUCUAGCUCUCAACAAUCUCUUUGAAAUUUCUAAUCAAAGGAAGGAUAUUAUAAGUUAUGAGAUUCAAGUUCAGAUGGUCGAGAUAUAUAAUGAACAAAUCAGAGACCUUCUGUCAGAGAAUUCAUCAUCCACCAAAUUAGAGAUUCAUAGCUGCACUCGUGAUAAUGGGUUAAGCCUUCCAGAUGCUACAAUGCAUACAGUGAAGUCCACUAGUGAUGUGCUUAAUCUAAUGAAAUUCGGAGAGGUGAAUCGCGUUGUCUGCUCCACUGCACUCAAUAAUCGAAGUAGUCGCUCCCACAGUAUUCUAACAGUACAUGUGCAUGGUAAAGAUGCAUCUGGAAACAUGCUCCGUAGUUGCUUGCAUUUGGUGGACCUGGCAGGAAGUGAAAGGGUGGACAAAUCAGAAGUUAUAGGAGAUAGGCUAAAAGAGGCCCAAUAUAUUAAUAAGUCUCUUUCUUGCCUAGGAGAUGUCAUUACAGCUUUGGCUCAGAAGAAUUCUCACAUCCCUUACAGAAAUAGCAAACUCACACUUCUUUUGCAGGACUCAUUAGGUGGACAUGCUAAGACAUUGAUGUUUGCUCAUGUGAGUCCUGAAGGAGACUCUUUUGGAGAAACAGUAAGUACUUUGAAGUUCGCUCAGAGAGUUUCAACAGUGGAACUUGGUGCUGCUCGUUUGAAUAAAGAGAGCAGUGAGGUUAUGCAACUCAAAGAACAGAUUGAAAACCUCAAGAAGGCAUUGGCAAACAAGGAAGCACAAAGUACACUGUCCCAUAAAAUAAAGGAACCAAAAUCUCCAUUUGAGAAACAAAAACCAACAAUCGAGAAAACUCCCCCGCGUACUCGAAGGUUGGGCAUUGAGAAUGGUAGCACUAAGAAGUCUGAGAAGGCAAUGAACUGUGAAGACAGGAAAGGACCAACAACCCCGUCAGUUCCAACCCGGGCAAGGAGGUUGAGCUUGGAAGGUCCAAGAUAUGGUAAGAAAGACAACGGUCAGAUAAAUGUAUCUGAAGAUGUUAGUAAGUCCUUACAUGCCAGCACAGUUUCUGUACAGAAAUAUAGUCAGUUCCAAGAUGCAGAAGCAGUUACAAAACAGUUUGGGGAUCUCAGCAGUGGUAGCUCCAUAAUGGAUGUUUAUUUUUCUAAAGCUCCUCGAAGUCCUGCUAGUUCUUCCUUUCAAAAGCAAGCACUGAAGGUAGAUUGUCGAACUCAAAUACCUAGACUUCAGCUACCAAAGACACCUGAACCACAAGUACCUGCCAGAAAUGACAUUCAGGCUGCUAUGCAAAGUGAACAUUCUGAAUCUCGGAUGACCAUUGGGAAAGGAUCUCAAAUAAGAAAAUCCCUACGAACAACCAUUGGGAAACUGAUUAGUGGCUCUGAGAAAAGGAACCUGCAGAACUCGGUGGAACUCAAGUCACCUAUCAUGGAGGAGAGCACUAUCGGUGAUGUUAAGUCACCACUCACUGCUAAUGCAAGAGCAAUGCGUAGGCAAUCACUUACCGGCAUCCAAACAUCAGGGUCAGACAGGUCCCGUAGAUCUUCUCUUGGAGGGAAGCCAACUGACUCAAGCACAACUCCGAGCAGUAACAGGAAUGCCAAGACACCGCCUCCUGUUCACCCAUCAACAAAGACAACAAAGCGGUGGUUGUAAUCAAAAUCUAAUGGUGAAUGAAAGGCUCCGGUUAUGCUUUGACUCGAAGCAUACUGAGUCAAUGACAUUUUUAGAACACCUCAAGAAGCCAGAGCAAAUUGGCAGUUAGAGUGAGCUAACCCUCUAGUUUGUGUACAUGGGAAAUAAGGAGUCAGUUGAGGCAGAUAGGCUGAUUGUAGAAUGUCAGCUCUGACAUAUUUGAUCAUUGUUGCAAACCCAGUUUUGUCUGCUAGAUGAGGCAAUCUCUAAUCAUGUAAUCACUUUAGGCCCUUCCAAAGAUGUCAAAUUUUUCUUGCUGGAUCAAUCAUUAAGGUGGCUAGCAGUUGCUGUUGA